GAAAAAACGACGUUGAUUGGUUAACAAAAAAUUUAAGCAUCUGGCAGAGGCAGAUUUGUUGUUUACGAUCUGUGUCAGAUUGCACAAGAAAUGGCACAUGGAGGGGACCUACCAGAAGUGAAAUAUGAAUAUCUGGAUCACACAGCAGAUGUUCAGGGGUGACACUUUAGAGGAGGCAUUUGAGCAGUGUGCCACUGCUAUGUUUAAUUACAUGACCACAGAUUAUGACACAGUUGAAAUGACGGGGGAACAAGAAGUGGAAGCUGAAGGAGAUGAUUUGAUGGGUUUACUAUUCCACUUUUUAGAUGAAUGGUUAUUUGUCUUUUCAGCUGACUCUUUCUUUAUACCUAGGAAAAUAGUUAUUACAGAAUUUGAUAAAGAAAAUUUUAAAAUUAAAUCAGUAGGAUAUGGUGAAGAAUUUGAUAUAAAGAAACAUCCACAGGGUACGGAGGUGAAAGCUAUCACAUAUUCCAACAUGCAGAUUUAUGACAAAGAGGGGCAGCAUGAAGUGUUUGUUAUUAUUGACAUUUAGUAUUAUUGUUCUGUAACAAUGGGACCCUCUUUCUCUGAGAGUGGGAUAGUUGACUUGCAAUAUAUUCUCAAAGAUCACAGUAAAUAAACUGUGCAUAAGAUUUUUAAUUAAAAGAAAUGGUUUGAUUAUCUGGGGUUUCCAGCUUUAAAUUUAUGUUAUAUCUAUUGGGAAAUUAAAUACUGUAAGUUGUUUUAAUUCCAAGGUGUUAAAAUUUCACUAUCUCUCUAAAAGUACCAUAUUGCAAUGGUUUUAAUUUCAUGGUGCAAGAAAUUAGCUCAAAAUUUUGUAUAAGUAUUUAAACAUUUUUAAAAACUAAUAACAUUUACAAUGGGUUUAAUUUCGUGAAAAAAUGAUAUAUCACAAACAUAGAGAAAUUAAAACCAUUGUAAUUAGUUGCCAAUCCACUGUAAUACUGUAUACAGGGAAAUUUUCGAUCCCGUUUUAUUUUCGCCCGUUUCGCCCUACUAUCAUUUGGGCGAAUUUAAAACGGGGCGAAAUCAAAGAAUACAGUAUAAUUUCUUAAACAAAACUAUGACUGAGCGAAUUUAAGACGGGGCAAAAUUGUUUGCAAGUGUGAAAGGGCGAAAAUAAGACGGUGCAAAAAUAACCCUGUAUACAGUACUUCUACCAGUUUUGAAUGUUCAGAUUUGAAACUGUUCAAGGGAGAAUUUCUUCAUUUUGAUUUGACAAAUAAACAAUGGACAACAUGUACCUUUACAUAGGAUAUGCAAUUUUUCUAGUCUUUGGUUUAUCAUUGUUAGAUGAAUGACUCAUGCUGGUACAUGUAUAUGUAUAUUUAAUAGAACAAAAUAAAAUGGCCAUUUGAAA